AUGGGGGGCUUGGAUGGUGAGCAAAAACAAUUGAUCAAGAAGUUGGUCAACUUUCGCAUGAAAGAAGGUAAAAGAACGAGAGUUCGUGCUAUUGUUUAUCAAACUUUUCAUCGCCCAGCUCAAACUGAACGCGAUGUAAUCAAACUUAUGGUUGACGCCGUAGAGAAUAUAAAGCCCAUAUGCGAAGUGGAAAAAGUAGGAGUCGCUGGUACUAUUUAUGAUGUCCCUGGGAUUGUAGCCAGGGAUCGUCAACAAACCUUAGCUAUUCGUUGGAUCCUUGAAGCAGCUUUCAAACGACGUAUAAGCUACAGGAUAAGCUUAGAGAAAUGUUCAUUUGCUGAGAUACUGGAUGCUUACCGAAAGAGGGGAAUUGCACGUAAGAAAAGGGAGAAUCUUCAUAGACUGGCUUCCACCAAUCGAAGGUUCGCGCAUUUCAGAUGGUGGUAA